GUUCGACGAGCAGGACGAUCCGUGACCCCGGACUCUCGAGGGUAAUGUCGCUGAGGUAGCCGGCCGUCUACCGAUCCAUGUGGGUAUAAAGGCGAGCAAUGCAGGCAACUGUCGAGGCUGUCACAUCGCGAGCAAUAACAUCAUUCCGCUAAUGCUUGAAUCAUUUACACUGCUCUAUCACUACGAUGAAGUCGAUCGCUGCUCUCCUUUCCUGCUUGGCCUUGACCGCUGCCUCCAUCCAAGCCCACCUCAACGUCGUGCUCACCAACGACGACGGGUUCGGGUCCGCCAACAUCCGGGCUGUUUACAACGAGCUGAAGAAACAGAACCACAACGUGCUCAUCGUCGGACCUGCCGAUCAACAGUCGGCCAAGGGAGGCACGACCGUAUGGCCGACUAGCAACUUGACAAGCGGCGGUCGAGGUAACCUCCUCACCGCCGGUCUGCCUUAUGCGGGCACCGAGCCUGGUGUUGACAACCCUGCUAUCACAUAUUUCAACGGGACUCCUGCGGCUUGUGUCUUUUACGCCCUCGACGUCGUUGCCCCUGUCUACUUCAACAACCAAUCCGUCGACCUAGUAGUCUCCGGAGUAAACGAAGGCUCCAACCUAGGUCCUCUCGUCUACACCCUCUCCGGGACACUCGGAGCUGCUUACGUAGCCGUAGGUCGAGGAAUCCCUGCUGUCGCCGUCAGUGGGCAGAACAGCACCAAGGUGGAUUAUAAGGAUUGGGACCCUGAGGAUGAGAGCGCGGUCGCCAACGUCCAAGGAAGACUCACUGCGGACCUCGUCUCCGCCCUGGCUUAUGGUCGUGACAAGACCAAGGGAGAAAGGGUCUUGCCUCCCGCUUUGGGGUUGAACGUGAACUUCCCUCAGAUCAACUCUACUUGCACAGGAUUGCCUAUGAUCCAGACUAGGAUGACAGGAAGCGCUCUGACAGACAAAGUCGUCUUCACUGCCGCUGGGUUCCCGACUUGGGGUGACCUACCCGGAUCGAUCGGUAUCAACACCUGCGUCUCGGGCGACUGUAGUCUUCCUGGCGAGACCUUGGUGGCGACCACAACCUGCCAGACCGCCGUCACCGUAUUCUCCGUCGACUAUGACGCUCCUCAGGGUUACACCGAGAGCGUCAAGGAGCACUUGGAGUACACCGUCUUGGACAAGAUGAACACUGCGCCAGGGUCUUACAAGAAGAAGCGAGAGUGGACCCCUCGAGGUCGGUCGGCUCGGGCUGAGUGAAGGAGCGCGAUCGAGGUAGAAGGGAACGAGAACGUUCUCUAAGUUGUACUCUCCAGAAAAAAGAAAACGGUGAUUGUAUCGCAGGGGUCUACUUGGGUAUCAUGAAUGUCAUAAUGCUGUAUACAAAGGGCAUCUAGCCGUCU